AUGAAGCAUCUAUCCGCUUUUCUACUUCAUAUUUCUCUCUGCUUGGGACUUGCCCACGCGGCAGCCUGCCCACGGGGCUCUAGCCCGGAUUCAACCUCUUCCUAUGUGAUGAAUGUUGAAAUUGCGGGUUGGGACGUCACCUGCGACUUGCCAAAUCCAGACAAUCACGGGGAAACCCGUAUGGACGCAGUAAAGCGUGCCUGGGAGGGGGCCAUGGAAAUGGCGGCUGACUCAUGGGAUCGCUGGGAAAUAACCAAACCCAAACUCGAAGCCAUUGAGAAAAGCGGCGCAAACCCCGACUAUGUCGAUCAACUAGAUGUGGAUAUAGACGACCCUGGGUAUGUCUUCCAUUUAGUCCUGUGCCAUGAGCGCGUUGAGAGCGGCAUCUAA